CCCUAUAAGAGGCGGUCGCUUCCCGGAUAAGACCUGUCACCUUUUCCCGACGCGGAGCAGCGAUCCAGCUGGCGGUAUCCACCCGAGCCGGGCAGGGAGAACGGCGCCCAGCAGGGCAAGGGAUGCAGCCUCUGAGAGGCAGAGGCUGAGUCGCCCCAGUCCGCCGCGCAUCGCGCCCCGCCAGAUUCCCCGCGGGAACGGCAGGACGGAGAACGCAGACUCCGCGGCAGUUGUCAUUUGUGGAAAGCCUGUUGGUUGCCAGCUGCUUAUGCACACGCUGUCGUUUCAUCUUCUCCCAAACGGAAGAGGAACGUGGAUAAACUUAACUGAGAAUGUCUGAAAACUUUGACAAGUCCAAUAGAAAUGAAGCAGGAAAGUCAAAAUCAAGUGAUUCUGAGCAAGGCCCUGAAGAUGCCGUGGAAGGUUCUGAUGGCGCUUUACAGAAAAAAGUAAAAUCAGGUUCUCCCAGCACUCAGAGACCUCACUCUAGUCCUCCUCGAUUUGUGACUGUGGACGAGCUUCUAGAGACUGUGAAGGGAGUCACUAACAUGGCGCUAGCCCACGAGAUUGUGGUGAAUGGAGAUUUUCAGAUUAAACCAGUUGAAUUACCAGAGGACAGCUUGGAGAAAAGAGUCAAGGACAUUGUACAUAAAGCUUUUUGGGAUUGCUUGAGUGUCCAGCUAAGUGAAGACCCCCCAACAUAUGACCAUGCCAUCAAACUUGUUGGAGAGAUCAAAGAGACGCUUUUAUCUUUCUUGCUGCCUGGUCACACUAGACUGAGAAACCAGAUAACAGAAGUCUUGGAUCUGGACCUGAUAAAGCAGGAGGCUGAGAAUGGGGCCCUCGACAUUUCCAAGCUGGCAGAAUUCAUUACUGGCAUGAUGGGUACACUGUGUGCACCUGCUCGAGAUGAGGAAGUUAAGAAACUAAAGGACAUUAAGGAAAUAGUGCCCCUUUUCAGAGCAAUUUUUUCUGUGUUGGACCUGAUGAAAGUAGACAUGGCGAACUUCGCUGUCAGCAGCAUCCGGCCCCACCUCAUGCAGCAGUCGGUGGACUAUGAGAGGACAAAGUUCCAAGAGCUUUUGGAGAAGCAGCCAAAUUCCCUGGACUUUGUCACCCAGUGGCUGGAAGAAGCUGCAGAUGACCUUAUGAAUCAGAAGUAUAAAAAUUCCCUGCCCUCUGGGGAAGGGGCUGCUGGCUCUGGGGACGCUCCCAGGAUAAAUCCCAUUGCUGUCCAGAAUUAUGCAUACCUGAAACUUCUGAGAUGGAACCACCUGCGGAGACCUUUCCCAGAAACAGUUUUGAUGGACCAGUCUCGCUUCCAAGAGCUCCAGCUCCAGCUGGAGCACCUGACCACCCUGGGAGCCGUGUUGCUGGUCACAUUCAGCAUGGCAGGCCCAGGAAUUUCCAGCCAGGCUAGCUUUGCUGAGAAACUGAAGACAGUCGUGAAGAUUCUGCUAACAGAUAUGCAUCUCCCCUCCUUCCAUCUGAAGGAUGCCCUGACCACCACUGGGGAGAAAGUCUGCCUGGAGGUGAGCAGCUGCCUUUCCCUGUGCGGGCUCACUCCCCUCACCCCGGACAAGGAAACAGCACUCAAGGGCCAGAUCCAGGCUGUGGCCAGUCCCGACGAUCCCAUCCGCAGGAUUAUGGAUUCCCGCAUCCUGACUUUCUUAGAAACCUACCUUGCCUCAGGUCAUCAGAAGCCAUUGCCCGCAGUACCUGGGGGAUUGGGCCCAGUUCAGAGAGAGUUGGAGGAAGUUGCUGUUAAAUUUGUCCGCCUGGUCAACUAUAACAAGAUGGUCUUCAGUCCCUACUAUGACGUCAUCCUCAGGAAGAUUCUCGUCAGACCCUGACACAUGCUCCCUAUCGCAGUGUUAGUAGCUCAGCUCAGCUCUGAAUCCCUCUUCUCAACUAAUGUUGCUUUGGAAAAUGGCUAUAUAGUUUAUUUCUAUUUAACAGCACUGAUUCCAAAGGAAAGAAUAUUGUGUAUCACUGUUGAAAAGACUUGUUGAAAAGUGAACUGAAUUCUAUUUUGAGGGUUUGUAUUUAUGAGUGCAAGUUUACAAAUCAAAGCAGCUUGUUAUCUUGAGUUGAAUCAGCACCACUCAGCUGUUACACAGCUGACUGCAGCGGUCUCCACUUCCACUCCAGUGACUGUAAAUGCCCUGUCCCUCCCUGAGGCCUGGGACUUCUGUCUUUGUUCUCUGGGUCGUUUUUUUUUUUUUCAUUCAACUAUCCUGACUGAUGGCCCCCAAGAGUGAGAGCAACCAAGCCAGGUCUGCCUUUAGACUCCUGCCCUUCUCUGCACAGCCCCCCACUUCUCUGUCCAGGCAUGUUGAGUUAGGACUAUUUAUAAUCCAACUGCCCUUCUCUUCCUCCUCCAGCCCCCACUAUUUAUUACUUUCUCUCUGCCUGGCCUGGCCAGAGCCCCACAUUCCUUUUGUUCUAGAGGAGAGUUACUUGAUUAAAAAAAAAAACUUAUUUUAUACAAAAUUAUUCCUGAGCCUGGGUGAAAGCUAUGUUAUGAGUUAUGGGCUCUAGAGAAAGAAAAUUCUUUGACUUUUCAGCUUUGAAAGUUAAGGAGUUUCUCUCUUUAAAAAAUAUAUGUUGGAGUAACAUAAAAGGUGACGAAUGUCCCAAGAUUUUACUGAGAAAUUUCCGCUGCUACGGUACAGAUGCAUUCAUUGGAUUAGAACUCCAAAAUUAAAUUUGGGUCUUUUCAGGUGUAAUAGUUUAGGCUCACUUAUUUCUUAGAUAAGGCAGUCAUAGGAAACCCUGGAUUUCUGAACAGUAUUUUCCAGUGACCAACGUUCCUGACAUAUCUGAGAUUGAAGAGUAGUUUGGGUCUCACAGGUGGUCUCUAUUAAAAACUGUGUGUGUAUACAUGCACGCACGUGGGCCAGAUGGGGUCAUCAUGUGAGCAGCAUAGCCGUGAAACAUUGGUGAUAUCCCACUGUCACAAUAGCAACAGGUAAAAUCACACAUGGAAUUCUUCUUAUUAAAGUGGAUGAGAGGUGGAGUGGAGGCCUGGCCAGGAGGCAGCCAGAGGAACAUUUGCCCUGGAGACUAGUGUACCAGGCUUCAUAGGUGUGAAUGGCUAUAACUAGAUUUCUCCAAAUAUAUGCUGUAAACUGUGCUCUCAUGGUGGUUUUUACUUGCAGUCAGAAAUGUAUGCUGUGUCAUCAGAAGUCUUAUUAAAGUUCAUACUCAAGGA